ACAGACACAGGAGAGAACGGCUCUCCAGCACGGUCCGUUGAACCGUUCAAAAGAAUCGGAUCGUCCGCGAACGUAACACACCACUAGUGAGAAGCAGUGCAGCGGUCAGAAGAGGUCUGGCCGUAGACUAGACCAGGUGAGGGACUUGGUUUCCGAAAGGUGACACAGACGAAGCGCGAGCACACCUGCAGCAGCCGCACGAGGAGCCAUGGUGAAGAUCAGCUUCCAGUCUGUCGCGGGACAGAAAGUGGAGAAGGAGAGCGAUGGCGACAAGACCGAGAUCCUCAUCCCUCAUCCGCUGGAUGAGGAUGAGCUGGUUCUGCCUCUGCGGCCCAAAAAGUCUCCCCUCAACGGCCUGUGCUGCCUGACCUUCGGCCUGGUGGUGUUCAUGGCCGGUUUGGUUCUUGCCUCCAUUUAUGUCUACCGCUACUACUUUAUACCUCACAUCCCAGAGGAGAACCUGUUCCACUGCAGGGUUCUGUAUGAAGACUCGGUGUACGCCCCGCUGCGUGGCCGUCAGGAGCUGGAGGAGAAUGUGGGCAUCUACCUGGCCGACAACUACGAGAAGAUCACCGUCCCCGUGCCUCACUUCGGAGGCAGCGACCCCGCCGAUAUAAUCCACGACUUCCACAGAGGACUGACUGCCUACCAUGACAUCGCUCUGGACAAGUGCUACGUUAUUGAGCUCAACACCACCAUCGUGAUGCCUCCACGCAACCUCUGGGAGCUCCUCAUCAACGUGAAGAAGGGAACAUACUUGCCUCAGACCUACAUCAUCCAUGAAGAGAUGGUGGUUACUGGCAAGGUGCACAACAUGCGGCAGCUGGGACCCUUCAUCUACCGCCUGUGCAACGGGAAGGACACGUACCGCCUGAACCGCCGCCUCACCCGCAGACGCAUCAACAAGCGCGAGGCGAAGGACUGCCACCACAUCCGUCACUUCGAGAACACAUUUGUGGUGGAGACUGUUAUCUGCGACGAAGCAUAAAUGUGACGGUCGUCCGUGUCGCCCCCACCCCCCCGAAGGCACAUCUCCAGUCACCACCCCAGCAACUGUAGCAUCCUCCCGUGGAUCUGAUCAUGUCUGAGUUGCACUUUAGGCGUUAUUUUGGGUUAGAUGUUGUCAUUUUUUUUCUAUUUCUCAUAGGUGAUAUUUACUCUGACGUGUGAUGCAAUACUAAACUGCUGGUUCUAUCACAGGAUUUUCCUUGUAGCAGAGUCCUCUAGCAAUUAAUGAAUUACAAUCUCAAGACCUCUCCUCGUGCUCUGGGGACCAGUGUGAUGGUUACUGUCGUUGGGGGAGAUGACUGUCUCCAACCUGGAGGUUACUUUGUGUCUCUAUAACACAUGUCAUGUGUAUAAAGCAUGAAGCCUUGCUUUCUCUGAGCAAACAU